AUGGUGAAUGGUUACGGAUCGCGGAGAGUGGCUACUGCCAACCGGAGACCAGACGCUCGUGAUGAAAUCCCUAUUGUCCGUCGAGCCAAGUCGUUGAACCCAAGCAAAUCCGCCAUUUUUUGUUUCGCCCGGAGAUUUUCGCUGGCCCAAGACUUCGUCCGUGUUUUACCCGACAGUCCAUUUGGCGGCCGGAAGACGGACACUACGGAGUCAGAAGUCCUGCUAGGCCCGGAGUACCUCCGGGCUCUGCCUUCCUCGAAAGGGAAGGAAUAA